AUGGACCAGCUCUUUACCCUCACAAGGAUAUUAGAAGAGUCUUUUGGAGUAUCACCAAGUGUACAUGUGUUUUGUGGACUUGGAAAAGGGGUACGACCAGGUCCCUCAAGUGUGCCGGAUUUCACCAGAGUCCUUUUUGGUAGCGGGCUGUGUCGCUGGCCUGGAUGUGACACUGUCUCUGAAGAUCUUCCAACUUUCUUCAAGCAUCUUAACUCUGACCAUCGUCAUGGAGACACGAGUGUUGCUCAGUGGAGAAUACAGCAAGACAUGGUUCAGUAUUUGGAAAAUCAGCUCAUCCUGGAAAAACAGAAGCUCUUUGCGAUGCAGCUUCACCUCCAGCUCUCUGAACCCAAACACAGCAACUCAGGGGCAGCCUGUGAGCGACCUUGCACCCUCCCAGUCAUCGUGCAUCCGGCUCUGGCUGUUGACGGAGGUCAGCACCGGGCCCUCAAACAUCCCGAUGACCCGGGCCAGCAUGGCUACUGGGCCGCUAGCACCGUCCACCUCCUGCCGGAUUUGGUUCCCAGGUUGGAGUGUUACAAAUACACCAACAUGAGGCCUCCGUACACCUAUGCCCACCUGAUCCGCUGGUCCAUCCUGGACUCCCCGGACAAAGAGCGCUCUCUGAGUGAGAUCUACAGCUGGUUCACCUCCAUGUUCUUCUACUUCAGAUGUGGCCCUGCCACAUGGAAGAACGCAGUGCGUCACAACCUCAGUCUGCACAAGUGUUUUGUGCGAGUGGAAGGAGCAAAGGGCGCCGUGUGGACCGUGGAUGAACAAGAGUACCAGAGGAGGAAGGGGCAGAAGUACUACAGGUAG